CAUCACUGUGUUUGAUUAUUAUUUACCAUCUUUCUGUUUCUUCUUCACUCACCCUUUCUCAUUUCGCACUCAUUAACCAAGAAAAUGGACUCCUUUCACCGCCGAUCAUCAUCCUCCUCCGACCGAUUACUCGGAGUUUUCACCUUCUCGCCUUCCCCUGCCGCCGCUGCCGACGAGCUUAACGAAGCCGAGCUCUUUUGGGCCACCGAUUUCCCCGGAUCGGAAAAUCAAAUACCCUUGCCACAGCCGGCGGAAAAAAAUUCUCCUCGGAGUUUCGAUCGCCGGCAAGACUCUGGCAUCCUCGUCGCAUUAACGAAGCCCGAUCGUCGUGCCGGCGACGUUCCGGUGUUUCGCGGGAAGUCCUCUGUUUCGUCUUCGAUGAUGAUUCCUUCGUUGCCGAGACUUCCACCUGGUCCUGGCUCUGAGUCCGUGUCUUCUAGAAAGUUCCAGCAAUCGGCUCCCGUGAAAGUCCCGAUUCUGCUGUCGAAGGACUUCGCGAGGAGGAGGAACGGCGAUGAGCUUGGGCUCGUUGACGACGAUGACGACGACGACGAGAUGUUGCCGCCACAUGAAAUCGUCGCUAGGGGUUUUGGAGUUUCACCCAAAACCACUUCUUCGGUGUUGGAAGGGGUUGGAAGAACACUCAAAGGGAGGGAUCUCCGUCAUGUAAGAAACGCUGUUUUGCGCAAAACCGGUUUUCUCGAUUAAUCAUUGCCGGGUUUUCUUGUUAUAUAUUGUUAAGAGUUUCCACUCAACUUUGUUUUCGUAUGCUCUUUUUGUUCAUGCUAUUUAUGGAAUUUGGAAAUGAUGCAAAUUAAUGAACAAAACUUGAAGUUGCCUAUUUUCUCGUUUCUAUGUGUUUUAUUUUUCUUCGAAUUAUUAUAGUUUUUAAGUUGAUUAUUUGCUUCUAUUUAUUGAUCAUUGUAUAUUUUCUACCCUGAAACAUCUGAACUAGUUUGUAUUAUGUGAUGUAUAUUUUAUCUCCUUGCUCUCGUGAGAAACUAAGAGUUUGGGGAUUUGGAAAUGCCUACCGUAAUUUGUGGGAAUUCUUA